AUGGCAUCUACAGUAUAUGUAGGUCCGGGUCCGGUUUAUUCUCUGCCACCAACGAUAGGCUAUGACAAUCAUGAUCAACGUAAGAUACGUAUGCCGCAAUACUCCUUUGGUGGUAGGACAAAAUUGACUAAUAAAAAUAUUGUACCGGGCCCUGGUUUGAAUGUUUCGGGUCUGACACGUUAUGGACCGGCAAGAGCAUAUGCCUACAGCAUUGGACCAAGGACAUUUAUGAAAGAUUCCAAAAAUAUUGGGCCUGGCCCAGCGAACUACGAUUUGAACAAGUCCCGCUUCGUUAGCUCGACUAGUCCACCAUCGUAUUCGAUUGGUCGUCGAACGAUAUUGACAAAUAAGAACAUAUGCCCUGGACCCAAUGCCUAUGGUAUUAGCGUCAAUAUGGUUAGGCCAGCGGCACCGGCAUUUAGCAUUGGCAUGCGCACGGGCUUGAAGAGCAAAAGUCUGUCACCCGGACCAGCAAACUAUAGUCCAAGUGCCCCCAAAACUUAUUUACCCAAAGCACCAGAAUAUUCGCUGGCUCCACGAACAUUCCUUAAUGCCAAGCUAUUUGGACCUGGAGCAAAUGCCUAUGAUUGUAUGAAUUAUAAACCGGGGAAAUCGCAACCCAACUAUUCGUUUGGGGUGCGGCAUUCGCCCAGAGCUCCGCCAAUGAUUGUUGCUUGCGAUAACAUGUGA